AAUUGAUGUACGUACGUUAAAAAGGUACGUACGUUGGCCAUCGGGUUCAUGGUGCGGUCGUCUUCCUGUCUGCCAUCCUGCUUGCCAUCCAUCUUUCCUUCGCCCUUCCUUCGUUGCCCUGACCCCUUUUUUUCGUCCCACCUGACCCCAGCCAUCGGCCAUUCAUGUCCCACCGGACUGUUGACCGCUCUUAGUUCGACCCACGACUAGACGACUAGGUCUUCGCUCACCGACUGGGCAUUGCCACACACGCCAAGCCUUGAUCCGGACUGUGGUGUCCUCUUGCAGGUUGCCCAUGCGCUCCCCGGCUCCCGACCCGGACACCCGUAAUGAGGUUGUUGCCCCUCUACCCGCCCAUCUGUACUCGUGCCGUCACCUGUUCCCGGCAGAUUUGACGUCGCCCCGUCCGAGUGAAUCCACGCGUGUUUGGCAAGGCGUAUCGGCCUUAACCGUGUCGUCGGUGGGCGUGCUGUCUCGUCUCUUCCUUCGCUAUUUCAACACAGUAUGGAUCCACAACCGCGAAAGGCUUAUUCAGGUUCUCGAGCAUCGUCCCAAAGAAGUGCCCGUCAUCACCGUGGCCAAUCAUCAUUCCUGCAUGGAUGAACCAUUGAUCUGGGGUAUGCUCGAUUUCAAGCACCUGACCAACUCUUACUUCAUGCGGUGGGCCUUGGCUGCCCAUGACAUUUGUUUUACCAAUCGCUUUCUUAGCAAUUUCUUCGCUUAUGGAAAGAGCAUUCCCAUCGUUCGAGGAGGUGGGGUUUUCCAGGAAGGCAUGAAUUUCUGCGUGGAUCGGCUCAAUGAAGGUCGAUGGGUCCACUUGUAUCCCGAGGGGAAAGUCAAUGUCACAAAGCAUAUUGAUCUUCGGCUCAAAUGGGGCGUCGGGCGCUUGAUUUCCGACUGCAACGUCCUUCCUAUCGUCAUCCCCAUUUACCAUUACGGCAUGGAUGAAAUUUUACCCAAUUCCGAGCCUUACUUCCCUCGCUGCGGGAAAAAAGUUACCAUCAACGUCGGCGAGCCCGUUGAAUUAGCACCAAUAAUUAAGGAACUCGACUCUCGAAAUGCGGAUCCGCAAGAGAAGCGACAAGUCAUCACGGAGGUCAUACAAAGCGCCGUACGAAAGUUGAGAAAAGAGACCGAGAUCCUACACGCCCGAAACACAUUUAAACACGACUGAAUCUCAAAAUCCUAGUCAAGUAACGAUGAGCCAAAUGUUUUGAAUGGAAAUUAAAAAAAGCACAAACCUAUCAACGCCUUUCUGUUCUCAUUCAGUCUCGACCACGAUUCAAUUACUUUCCUUGAUGUCGAAUAAAUAUCAUCCAUCAAAA